GGCUGCCUGCAGCGGAGCCCAUCACCUGUUGGGGCCCAGGGCGCGGGGGCGCGUCCGCCCGCUGCCCACCGCCCACCGCCCGCCGCCCACUGCCGCGGCAGCAGCCCGGGGCCGGCCCGGCGGGCAUGCGGGGCGCCGCGGGGGGCUCGCCGCGGGAGGGGAGAGCUGCCUUUCUCCUCCCCGAGGCUGGCGCUGACAGCCCGGGCGCAGCGGCUUCCAAGUUGGAGAGGGGAGCCUGUGCGGUAGGCAGGGACAAUGGAGGAAAAUGAAAGCCAGAAACUUGAGCUGUGCAUGGCUUGCUCCACAGACAGCAGGCAGAUGAAGGACCAGGCAAAAACCAGUUUGCAUGUAACAUCACUAGAUGAUGCAGAAUGUCUCCGAUCUAAAGAGCUCCUUUCGACCCUGAACAGUCACACUUCCUCUAAUUCAAAGUCCACCCGCAACAUCCCUCGAAGACAUACAGUAGGUGGGCCUCGCAGUUCCAAAGAAAUAUUGGGAAUGCAAACCUCGGAAAUGGAUAGGAAGAGAGAGGCUUUUCUUGAGCAUCUGAAACAGAAAUAUCCCCACCAUGCUACAGCAAUAAUGGGACACCAGGAGAGACUGAGAGAUCAGACAAGAAGCCCAAAGCCGUCUCAGAGCCCACAGCCCCAUUUGGGUGACCAGACAGAACACCUCUCUGAAGCAUCUGCUGAUUCCUUAGAGGCCAUGUCUGAGGGUGAUUCUCCAACUCCCUUUUCAAGGGGCAGCCGUACGCGGGCAAGUCUUCCUGUGGUGCGGUCCGCAAACCAAACAAAGGAAAGAUCACUGGGUGUUUUAUAUCUUCAGUAUGGAGAUGAAACAAAGCAGUUGAGGAUGCCGAAUGAAAUCACAAGCACAGACACAAUUCGUGCUCUUUUUGUAAGUGCCUUCCCUCAGCAACUGACGAUGAAAAUGCUGGAAUCGCCCAGUGUGGCCAUUUACAUCAAGGAUGAGAGCAGAAACAUAUACUAUGAAUUGUGUGAUGUGAGGAAUAUUCAAGACCGAUCUUUCCUUAAAGUUUACAACAAAGAUCCUGCACACGCAUUUAAUCACACUUCCAGAGCUGUAAAUGGAGAUAUAAGGAUGCAGAGGGAAAUUGCUUAUACAGGCCGAGAUGGCCCAAGUGCUUCCCGCCCUGGAUCUGCCACGCAUGCUCCGCACGCAAUGCCCAGCUCUCCGCCUUCCACCCCCGUGCCCCACUCCAUGCCUCCCUCUCCGUCCAGGAUUCCCUACGGUGGGGGCCGGCCCAUGGGUGUGCCAGGCAAUGCCACCAUCCCCAGGGACCGGCUCUCCAGCAUGCCAGCCUCGCGCUCGAUAUCGCCCAGCCCAAGCGCCAUUUUGGAGAGACGGGACGUGAAGCCAGAUGAGGACAUGAGUAACAAAAACCUUGCCCUGAUCCGAAAUGAAGGUCUGUACGGUGACCCCUACUUGUUUCACGAGGGAAGGAUGAGUGUGGCUGCACCUCACUCCGGACACCCCCUUGAUGUCCCCGAUCACAUUGUAGCCUACCAUCGCAGUGCCAUGAGGUCAUCAAGCACUUACUGCAACCCCUCUAUGCAGCCUGAAAUGCUGGAGCAGUCCUUGUACAGACAAAAGUCACGGAAGUACCCAGAGAGCCAUUUGCCCACUCUCGGCUCUAAAACGCCUCCCGCCUCACCCCACAGGGUGGCCGACAUGAGAAUGAUCGAUAUUCAUCCUCACCAUAGCACUCACAUUCCGCCCCACACCAUCCAGCCUGACAGGUCUUCCCCCAGCCGCCAGUCCUUCAAGAAGGAGCCGGGAUUGCCUGUGUUUGUGGAUGCGAAAGCACGGAGCGCCCUUGGCCUGCCAGGCAUGGCCGAGGCGGUGCCCUCUCUGGUUGACAAGCAGGCUUUUGGCUACGGGUCACCUGCGAUGCCCAAGGACAAGGAGACAAGAGAGAGGAUACAAGCCAUGGAGAAACAGAUUGCCAGUUUAACUGGUCUUGUUCAGUCUGCGCUUUUUAAAGGGCCAAAUACAAGUAAUAGCAAAGAUGCUUCUAGUGAGAAGAUGAUGUUGAAAAUUGUGUCCAGCAAGAGCAGCGCUGACACUGCAGGCGCUGCUAACAUGUCUGGGGGGAAGAACGCGUUGGCAACUGUGGAAUCAGCUGUCAUCCAUCACACUGCUGGAGCCCCGUCAAUGCAAGUCAGCCUGCAUGGAAUGAAACGCAGUGUGUCAGAUCUGCGGCUGCAGCUGCAUCAGAUGAAGCAGCUACAGCUGCAGAACCAGGAGAUGCUGAGGGCAAUGGUGAAGAAAGCAGAGCUGGAAAUCAAUGGCAAAAUGAUUGAAACAAUGAAGAGGCUUGAAGAUCCUGUGCAACGACAGCGCAACCUGGUGGAACAAGAACGGCAGAAAUACCUCAACGAGGAGGAAAAGAUUGUAAAGAAGUUAUGUGAGCUGGAGGCGUUUGUUGAAGACUUGAAGAGGGACUCCACUGCUUCCAGCAAGACAGUUACACUGAAAGAUGUUGAAGAUGGAGCCUUUCUUUUGCGUCAAGUGGGGGAAGCUGUUGCAACUCUGAAAGGAGAGUUCCCAACAUUGCAGAAUAAAAUGCGUGCAAUCCUCCGGAUCGAGGUAGAAGCUGUGAGGUUCCUAAAGGAAGAGCCACACAAGCUAGACAGCUUGCUGAAACGUGUGCGCAGCAUGACUGAUAUCCUUACCAUGCUCAGGAGACAUGUUACAGAAGGACUGCUGAGGGGUGUGGAUCCAUCCCAAGCUGUGCAAUCCUCUGCUAUGGAAAAGGCCACUGCAGCUGAUGCUCUGAAAAACCAGGAGGAUCUCAAGCAUGCCCAGGGACAUGCACAGCAAAACCUCACAGCGAUCACAUCAGAGUCCCAGGUGUCAUCAGUCAAGUCAGAAGUCAUCCCCUUCUCCACAAUGACGGUCCAUCAUGUGCAGAGCUCUCCUGUUGUCAUCCAUCAGUCUCAGCACUCAUCAGCCCUGGUCAACCAUGCCCAGGGUUCACCUACUGCAGCCAGCCACAGCGAAGGUGUGCCGGUGGGUGGCCACCCCUCAGCCACCCCGCCAGCCCCCCUGCAAGAGCCCGCAAUGGGAUCCCAGCCCACACAAGCCACGCCAGCACCACAGGUCUCUGUCAAUGGCACCACCAUGCAAAGUCUUUUCAUUGAGGAAAUUCACAGUGCAAGUACCAGAAACCGAGCUGUAUCGAUUGAGAAAGCUGAAAAGAAAUGGGAAGAGAAAAGACAAAACCUUGAUCACUAUAAUGGAAAGGAAUUUGAAAAGCUCUUGGAAGAGGCCCAGGCCAAUAUAAUGAAGUCAAUUCCUAACUUGGAGAUGCCUCCCCAGCCAGCAGCCCUGCCUAAAGGGGAUGCAGUGGAAAAGCUGGAAGUCUCAGAAGAAAUUCCUGAUGGGGAACAGGAUAGUGACAAGCUGACCAAGUCUCCACCUCCUCCACCUCCACGGCGCAGUUACCUGCCAGGAUCAGGACUAACCACAACGAGAUCAGGAGAUGUCAUCUAUGCAGCCAGAAAAGAGGCUGCUGCUGUCAAGGAAUGUAGUGAAGAUGCUGGGCAAACAGCGCAGUCCAAAGCCCCUAAAGAGGAUCAGGCAUUGUCUCGGAGCGCAGGGCAUGCUGUAGCAUCAGCUGCAAAAGACGAAGAGGAAGAGGAAGGAGACAAAAUAAUGGCAGAAUUACAGGCUUUCCAGAAGUGCUCUUUUAUGGAUGUAAACUCAAACAGUCAUGCUGAACAGUCCAGAAAUGAUACACAUGUUAAAGAAAUAAGGCCUGGGACUUUAAUGCAUCACAAGGAAAAGAAGAAUUUGGAAUUUUGCCCCGAAGAAAGACAGGAAUCAGAUGACAACCUCAGACAUGCCUCGGCAGCAGUAAACAGAGUGGUGUAUGGGGCUACAACAGGAUCUCCCACAGAUAGUGACCAUCCUAAAGAGAAGAGGGAAGGGAAAACUGAAGAGGAAUUGGGUUCUGAUUCAUCCAGCACAGCUGACAGUAAAAUUGGCUUUUCAAUGAAUGACAGUCCUACAUGUAGCAAGGGUUUGUUUGUAGACAGUAGAGACUAUUCUAAGGAAAACCUUCAGAAUAUGACCAGAAACCUGUCUGGUGUGAGUUUGCCAGAGGAUGACAAACGAAGAGGGGCUCAAGAUAUUUUAGGAUCUCAUUUUCCAGCUGUUGAAACUGGAAAACAAAAGCCAAACUAUAGACUAUCGCGAGAUGUACACCAGGGCCUGCCGCCCGGUGAAGCCUUGCAGAGCACAGGCAAGCAUAUUCCCGUCAGCAGCGUUGCCCCUCUCAUGAGGCACACGCAGGAGGCUGUGGGGCCUCAACCUUCCUUGCAGGAGCAAGAAGCUUCUGCAGUCAACUACAAUCAGGUUGUGCUAAGACCCAAAGUGUCCAGAAGUAACGGUGUGAACAGCAUGGAAGAGAUGGACUCUCCUGCUAGCUCUCCAAGUGAGGACAACUCACCCACAGAAAACAUCGCCUUCAUGAUUACUAAAACAGCUGUCCAGGUCCUCUCGAGUGGGGAAGUUCACGAUAUAGUCAGCCGGAAAGGUGGAGAUGUGCAAACGGUGAACAUUGACACGAGGAAGGAUGUGGCGUUGGAGAAGGGUAUCCCAGAAAAUGCAGACAGCGAAGAGCCAGUGGUGUGUUUGGACAAAAAACCCGUCAUCAUCAUUUUUGAUGAACCGAUGGAUAUUAGGUCAGCAUAUAAACGACUUUCUACAAUUUUUGAGGAAUGUGAUGAGGAACUGGAGAAAAUGAUGACAGAUGAAAAGAUAGAAGAGGAAGAGGAGGAGGAAGAAAAUGAAGCACAUGAGAUCUCUGAGAGCCAGAAGGAAAAGCCACCAGUAGUUAGUGACAGCAAAGCAAUCACAGAGUAUUCAGCAGCUCACAGUCUCAACGAGCAGUACGUAUUUAACCUUCAGUCUUCCUCUGACUCUGCAGAAACCAGACCUCCUGCAGAGGAGGAAAGCGCAAAGGCAAAUUUUAACAAAUACCGUCAGAUCUAUGGGCUAAACACAGAAACAAACUUGGACUCUGCCGAUCAGUUUGGAAGCAGGCAGGAUUCUAAGAAAAAAUUCAAGUUCAAAUUCCCUAAAAAGCAGCUGGCUGCUCUGACGCAGGCGAUACGGACAGGAACCAAGACUGGGAAGAAGACGUUGCAGGUUGUGGUCUAUGAAGAAGAGGAGGAAGAUGGGGCCCUGAAGCAGCACAAGGAAGCAAAGAGAUUUGAAAUCAGUAGGUCUCAGCCCGAGGACAGUGACAAGAGUCCUUCUGGGAAGCAAGAGGGGCCACCUGGAGCUGCAGUGUCCCUGUCUAGGACCGAUGAAAUUCGACAGAGUACAUACCGAACGCUAGACAGCCUUGAGCAAACUAUAAAGCAGUUGGAAAACACCAUCAGUGAAAUGAGUCCAAAAUCUAUCCCUGAAAACACAUACAGCUCUGAGGGAAGCACUGUCCCCUCCUCUGCCCAGAUAGUACCAGAGACCCCACCCCGAGAGCUUGUAGUGCUGGAUGAGAGCCUUGCUGGUGUAGAGCCCCCUCCGUCAAUCCCAGCCACUUCACGGCUCCAGCGCUGCCUCCCAGACAAGCCGGAUGCCAGUCCCCAUGGCUUCAAAAACUAGACAAGGAAGCACGGAGAAAGCAGGCAAACAGCACAAGCUGCAGGAUCCGCGCCAGUACAGACAGGUAGUUUUACCCUAAACCCGGUGUUUGGAUGGACAUUUCGUGUUGUCUGUUUAUUUAAAAACUCCAGUAACUGACUGAGAUUAUACCAAAUAACGGAUGCCUGACUUUCGAGUGAGGUCUAACUGGACGUCCUGGAUCCUGGGGGCAUGACAGUAUCAUCUACUGACCUUUUUCACCAUGCUUGUGCAUGCAUGUCUGCAAUAAACCACCUGCUGCUCUUUUUUUUUUUUUAACCGUGGUAUUCAGCUGUAAUUUUAAUGUUGACUACAUUAAUGUUUUACUUUCCCUUCGGUAAAUGUGGCGGUUCCUUAGGAGAGCUGGGAACGCUUCUGUUCAGAGAGUCUUUACAGGAAGCCUUGGACACUAACCUGUUGGUGUAAUGGGUGGCAGUAGAUGCACGCUAACUCUCCGGCCAGACACGUCUAUUCACACGUUAAUAACCCAGAAGCAUGGCCAAUGUAGUGACUGGUCUGUAACCCCUAGAUUGCACCUUCUCACAGGAGCUGCGUUGGCUUUCUCGCUUUUAUGCGCUCUCGGUUGGGCACUCUGGGUUUUCUACCAGGUCCAGUCCACAGCUGCAAGACUCAGCUCAGGCCUCCAACUCGUAGUUCUUACUCUCGGUAGGGCUGUUUUCCCAGGUCCUGUUGGUUUAUCGUGUUACUGGCUUUCUGACAAACUGUCUCCUGCCAUCUUUAUUUGCAGGCUAAUGGAAGUGCUAAGAAAGCUGGUGGGGACUAUAAGGCUACUUCCCCUACCCUACCUGCUUCUAAGAUCCCAGCCUUUUCUCCCACUUCUGGGAAAAGCAGCUCAGCACCUGCUUCUAGCGGUGACAGCUCUAACCCUCUAAAUCCACCUACUAAAACCUCCAUUCCUUCCUCUAACCUCGGUCCUCAGACAGGUCGCAUAACUUACUCUACCUCCCUCAUCCCCUCUGUCUCUAACGGCUCCUCCAAGUUUCAGAGCCCCACUUACCCAGGGAAAGGUCACCAUCUCUCAUUCUCACUACAGACUCAAAACGGCCGGCCACCCCCUCCUUCCUCCUCUACCUCUCCCCCCUCCUCUACCUCUCCCACUUCACUGAACCAAGGUAUGAAGAGCAUCAGGACAAUCCACACACCUAGCUUCACCAGCUACAAGGCGCAGAACGGAAAUGCGGGCAAGUCCACCCCAUCCACAGCCAAGGAGCCAUCCUAAAGGCUAAGCACAGCGCACGUGCGAGUUCACCAAGGCUUUCUGUUCAUUUCCAAAGAAUCCGCAGCCAAUGUUUUAACCGGGGAGUGUAACCGUUUUGCUGUAUUGCGGGAGGCUUAAUACUAAUCAUGUGCUAAAUACUGAAUUACUACACUAGACUAGAGUGAAGCUUUUUGGAAAACUCUUGUUGCUGUUGUAAUGAUAAAAGAGCGUUUUCUUCCUAUAGGCAGCACCUCUUAACGAAAAAGUGUGAAGGUGUGUGAGUGAACUUGACUGCGUGUGCACGGCAGUGUACUGAGCGUGGGAAGAUGUAUGGUUAAAAAUUUAGUAAGUUGUUUUGUAUAAAGCUAUUUUUCAUUAUGGGGACUAGAAGUGAACAGAGAUAUACUAAAGUGUGAUUAUACACAACUGUAAAACUGAAACUAAAAUAUUUUUCUUUUAUUUUGGUGUUAUUUAGCUUUGUUACAGAUUUCUAUUUUUGUCAACAAAUGUCAUGGUUCCUUUCGAGAUCUUUUUGCCAAAACAUUUUGAUACUAUUGUAAUGUACAUUUGAAAGUAGUAUGCUGGACAGUAAACCUCUGCACAAGAAACAGAAUAAGACUGGUCUUAGUGUGUAUGAGGCAACUCAACCUAUUGCACUGCCAUUCAGAUUAUAUUUAAGAAUUUGCCAGCCAAGAAAAAGAAAUAAUAAAUUGUUUUACACAUAUAGGUAGUUGCUGAUUACUUUUUUUCCUAGCUAAAUCCACCCUUUUUCCUUCAGUUUUAUUUUAGUGAAACCUGGUAGCCCAUUAAUGUAUUGCAUUGUGGAUUUUAAAAUGUACACUUCAGUACUGCUCUGUAUACUGGCAAACUUUUGUACAUACCUAUAAAUAUCUAUAAAUAAAUAAAUACUGUAUGUGGCUGGGCACAUAGAGUAGUUUUACCACACCAAAGUUAAUUUUUAUGCAUGCUUACAAAGAUAUAUGGGAAGGGGUUGAAAAAGAUCGGUAUCAGUCAAAUAGGAAAAAAAGCAAGAAGCUUGCAUAGCUCAUGGUUUUGUAAAUAAAUCUAUUUGUAUAACACCGUAAUGUAACAUACAGAACUAUGAUAAGCAAAGAUCUUCACAAAAAUAAAGGGCUGCAUGCUUAUGUA